AAAAUUUAAUACUUUAUUACACCAUUUUAAUUCAUUUUUUAUAUGUUACAAUAUAAUAACUACAUAUUUAUAAUAUUUUUGAUUAUAGUUAAUAUAAAUAACAUAUUUAAAAAAUAUUAUAUAUAUAUAUACUUACCUUUUUUGUCAGCAUAUAUAUACUUACCUUAUUUAAAAAAAAACUAUUAGUAUAAUUAAUAUUACUAAAAACAAUAAAAUUACAAAACUUUAAAUACACACUAUACAAACACACAAAACAACAAAUAAAAACACAUAACUUAGUUGGUACAAUAGACUUAUUUCAUAAAUAAUAAAACUCUUAAAUCACCCACAAAAAUUUAAAGUCUUUGGUCAUGAAACAUUUCAAAUUUUCUCAUAUGUGUUUGACUAGAUCUACUUGUAAUUCAUGAUAUACAUUUGAAUCACAUAAUUCAUAUCAAGCAUACACAUGAUUUGAAAAUGUUGGUAAUACUUCAGUUGAAAAUAGUUGUGGUUUACAACCACUUGCCUCUAAUUUAUCAUAAUCGGUAUAAUUUUGAGCAUAUAUAUCUUGUUUAUCCUUAGCAAUCAUAUUAUACAAUAUGAUACUUGCGUAUGAUGGUAACCAAAUCAGCCUAUAACACUUCAAAUGCACAUUUGAUUUCUUCCAACAGCCUUCUUGACCUUUUGCAGAUAAACCGUUCUUUUGCAGAUGCCCAUGUAUCCCCCGGGUGGUCCUCUUGUGGGACAACAAGUGUUUUAUGGUCAGGCACCACCUACUACGAUUCCUCCACAGCCCGGGUAUGGCUACCAGCAGCAGCAGAUGGUACCUGGAAUGAGGCCUGGUGGGGCACCCAUGCACAACUUCUUCAUGCCAAUGGUUCAGCAGGGACAGCAACGUCCUGGAGGGAGACCCUCUGGGGGAAUCCAGCAACAGCAACAGCAAGUUUCCAUGAUGCAUCAGCAGCAGCACCUGGUUCUUUUCCUUCUCAAUCAUAGUUUGUCUUUUGGUUAUGUCUUAGUAGGAGGUUUCAUGAUAAUCUUUGAUUGUGGGUAAUAAUCAGAUGCAGCCGAGGGGAGGGUCGAAUGUUCCGCUAUCCGCAAGGCCGUGGGAGUGGUGGUGGUCCCACCCCUGAUGUUCCUGGAAUGCUUCCAUAUGAGAUGCCUUUGCGUGACCCUGUGCUUUCUCAGCAUGUUCCUGUUGGAGCUUCGCUUUUAUCUGAUGUGAGAUUUGGUUCUUAAAUGUUGGUUGUGAUGCGUGUAGAUGCUGGGUGAGAAUCUGUAUCCGCUUGUGGAGCAGCUUGAGGCAGAAUCUGCAGCCAAAGUGACUGGGAUGCUUUUGGAGAUGGACCAGACGGAAGUGCUCCAUCUCUUGGAGUCACCUGAAGCUCUCAAGGCUAAAGUAGUCGAGGCUAUGGACGUUCUCAGAAGUGUCGCUGCGGGUGGUGCGGCCGAGCAGCUUGCCUCCUUGAACCUCGCCUCUUAAUUGUUCUUCUGUUUGAUUGGGAAAAUACAAUUUUCAGAAGUGUGGCCUGUCUUUUCCAUACACAACUGGAGACCUCUUUUGUGUAGGAUUCUUUGACAUGGUUUGUGCUUCACCCUUUCAAACUUAAUAUGCUUUGUGUGGAAACUUCAUCUGGCA